GAAUUCCCCUUCCCUGCCUAGUGCUUACCAGCUUCUUCGCCUAUAAAAACCUUUGCCUGCGUUACCUUUUUCAUCACUUACAUUUUCUGUAAAACUAAGAGUAUAGUACAGUGCUAUCUGUUCCCAAUGAUACAAAUGGCUUCCAAGAAUUUAGUAUCAACUGCUCUUCUUCUUUCUCUCAACCUUCUCUUCUUCACUUUGGUCAGCUCUAACUAUGUGCCUUGCCCACCACCACCAAAGAGCCCCAAGCCUCCCCACAAGAGCCCACCGGCACCCAAAAAACCGGCUUCUUGCCCUAAGGAUACUCUAAAACUGGGUGUUUGUGCCGACUUGUUGAAUACAGUAAACGUUAUUGUUGGUACCCCAGCAAAGACCCCAUGCUGCAGUCUCCUUGCUGGUUUGGCUGAUGCUGAAGCUGCUGUUUGCCUUUGCACUGCCAUCAAGGCCAGGGUCUUGGGAGCUAACCUUAAUAUUCCCUUUUCAUUGUCCUUGCUGCUCAAUUACUGUGGAAAGAAAGUCCCUGCAGGCUACCAGUGCGCUUAAACUCCUUUCUACUUAACUGUAGUCAUCACUAUCUCUUAAUUUAGUAAUGUUUGAUCAUAUUUUUAUCCUUUCAUGGUGUGUUAUUUGGACUUUUGGUAUGCCAUAAUCAUUCAUUAAGUGCUACUAUAUUUGAUUUGAACUAGGAAGGAAGGCUUCUCACCUUCUAAUCCUUAAUAUAUGUACCUUAAUUGUAGUGAAAUAAGAAUGUACGUAUAUCAUUCUAU